AUGGAGCAGGACAAGGGAGUCCGGUUCACUCCCCCUCCUCCCCAGGCCAACUUGGCCUCCACAGAAAAAACCAGCGGUGAAGUUGCUGCAGUAGGACUGUCGAGGCUUCGUCCCACCGGCUGUUUUGGGGAGAUUUGCCCGUCCAAUAUGGCGAUCGAUGAUGCAGCCCAAAUUCGCAUCGCAAUUUGCGGCGCCGGUAUUUCAGGGCUCGCACUGGCAGCCUUUCUUGCAAACCUCGACCACGAAUCCCAGCUGUCCGUAGACUUGUACGAGUCGUCGGAAGAAGUAAGAAUGUCUGGAGCUGGUAUCGCUGUGUGGAAACGGUACUGGGAUCUCCUCCGAGACGAGCUAGGAUUCGAGCAUGCAUGUGUCGAUCUGGGUUUCUCAGCACCGGACUGGACUCAAGUCAAGGGUCCUGUGGUCCGCAAAUCAGAUACAGCCGGGGCAGAGGGUCAUCACUUCUGCGCGCUCAGCCAUGGGCCGACUGUAAUUCCAAGGUCGGCGAUGUCUAGCAUCUUCGCUGGGAAGUUAGACCCUUCCCGAUGUGGGCUCCAUCUACGCCGGCGGCUCGCUCAUUACGAUGAGACGACAGCGCCAGACGGUAGAACAACGACUGUCCUGCGCUUCGAGGACGGCACAAAGGCGGAAUGCGACCUGCUGGUGGGGGCAGACGGCGUCUUCUCUCGAGUUCGGCGGGUGCUUUUCAGGGAUCAGCCCGAUCUUGCGCGGCACCACUUCAGCGGACAGCUAGCUUAUCGCAUGUCUUGCAACGCCGAGGCUGUACAACGACUACGCGCAGCAAAAUCAGACCAUGCCGCCCUACGGGGAUUCACAAUUUGGUCAGGCCGGGGUAAGCAUGUUACGUCGAACUUGGUCGGAGACCAAAUCCAGAUGUCGGCGUGGGACAAUGUGUCGGAGGAAGUUUUGAGUGCCUGGUCGGAUACAAAGGUAUGCGACGUCCCCAGAGAGUCGGUUUCCCACUUGUUCCGGUCGUGGGAGCCUGAUCUCGUCAGCCUCCUGAACCACGCAGGCGACACGGCCUCACGGUGGCCUAUCUACGUCGCUGCUCGCCUCCCUCGGUUCGUCAAGGGCGGCCACGUAGCGCUGGUGGGCGACGCGGCGCAUGGCAUGACGCCGCACCAGGGUCUUGGAGGUGGCCAAGGGAUUGAAGACGCCUUCGUUCUGGCAAGCCUGCUAACGCACCCGGACGCACGUCGAGGCGUUCUGCCUGACGUGCUGGCCACAUAUGACGAAGUGCGCCGGCCUGCUUCGCAGCGGGUUGCCGACCAAUCUCUGGCCAAUGGUCACAACUUUGCUUUUCUUGGUUCAUCGGGCAACGGUGACCACCCGUGUCUGACGACCAUCCGCCAGGAGCUGGUAACAGCCUGCGACUGGUUGAUGGAUGAUGACGGAAACUGCAAGGGGGAGGCUGACAAGGCACGAGCCCUGUUGGAAACGCGGCUUCGAAGUGGGCAUGGACAUGGCUUGUUUGACGCCACCAGGUGA